AUGAUCGAUAUAUUAGACGGAGUUAGAGAAAAAUUUAUCGAAGGAACACCAAUACCUUAUGCUAUUAUAUAUACUGAUUGCUGGCAGAAAGAUCCAGCAAGACGACCUAGCAUUCAAGAAAUUGCAUACUCUUUUGAACGACUGAAAACAGAAUUAAUACAUAAUGGAAAUGGGGUCAUAAAAAAUAAAUUAUUUUUUAAUAAUGCCAUUCCAAAUUUCAACUACACUAUACAAAAAGUCCUUGAUCAAUUAACGCAUAAUUAUAAAACAUUGAACAUAGGAGAUAAUAAUCUAAAUUCAG